UUCUUCCAAACAAUAAAUAGUCUUCAAGACAUACCACAUUCACUUACUUGAAAUUAAAGUUUUUCAUCAUGAAGAGCCAAACAAUUCUUUCAAUUCUUUUGGCUACGGCCCAUCUCGCUGCUGCUCAAGGAGGACCAAUUCGUGGACCUGGGGGCACUGAUGUUGGAAACAACGGCCCUCCAGGCGGAAACAACGGCGCUCCAGCUGGAAACAAUGGUGCUCCAGGUGGAAACAAUGGUGCUCAAGGUGGAUGGAACCCCCCACCACCAUCAAAAGAGACUACAAUCGCCGAAGCUUACGGAUCAUCAAACUCCGGAGCAAAUCAACAAUCAGUUUGCGAAUGUUACCCAGAUGAUGGCACUAACGCGCCAUCUUUGACUGCUGCUACCAGUCAGGAACAAGGUGCCAACUCAGACAGUGGUACAUCAUUCACCCAUAUCGUUGACACUACUCCUCCUAAGAGACCAUGGAAGCGACAACGUGGAGGAGAAGAGAGCGAGGAGGGAGGUCCCGAGGCACAGAACGCCGCAGGAGGAUGGAAGCCAAAGCCAAAGCCCACCAAGCCAGAAGAAUCCGCUGCAUCAGCAUCUGUUGAUGCCACUCAAGUCGGUAUCAAUGCUGCUGGCGGUGCUGGAUCUGCUGCAGGUCCAUGGGGAGCGGUCUCCUAUGCUGGCCCCGCAAUUGGUGCCAACUAUCAAGACAUUGAUGGAAACUGUGUUUGCCCACCAGGUCAAUCUCCCCACAAGCCAAAGGGACCAACUGGAGGUGCUCCAGCAGAGGAAGGUGGCGCAACUGGCCCAGCAACUGGCGGUCCAUCAACUGGAGGCCCAUCAACUGGAGGCCCAUCAACUGGAGGCCCAUCAACUGGAGGCCCAGCAACUGGCGGUCCAUCAGGAGGCGGACGCCCAGAAGGAAACGGCAAUCAGAGCGGAAACGGAAACGGGAAUGGAAACGGAAAUGGCAACGGCAACGGUAACCUCAAUGGCAAUGAGAAUGAGAACGAAAACGAGAACGAGAAUGAGAACGAGAACUUGAAUGCCAACAUCAACAAGAACGAGAAUGUUAACAUCAAUGGCAACGCUAAUGCCAACAUCAACAAGAACUUGGGACUCAACUUCGGAAGCAACAGCAAUGGAUGGGGAUCAUGGUUCGGAAGCAAGGCCGCUGCCGUCGCUGCCGACCCCGCCGCCUCCGGUACUCCAGUCGCCGCCAGCGAUGCCUCCGGCAUUGUCGGUGCCACUGAUGAGUCGUUCGUCCCAGAAGUCUCCACCGGAGACGCUUCCGGUGUUGAGCAAUUCACCGGUGCUGGAUCCAGCAUUGCUAUCUCCGCAUGGGGAUUCCUUGCCGCCGUCUUCGCCAUUGCCAACGUCUUGUAGAUUGAGUAUUAGUAUACUCGACCAGUCUCUUCGUUUGUCUGCGGGACCAUUGGGCUUUAUUUUUAUUUUUUAUUCAUCGCGGCUUGCAUGCUUGGUUUGGGGGUUAUUUCGAUUCGACAGCAACACGUCUCUAAGAUUGUGUUUGCAUUAUAUUGGAGAUGG